UAACUACUAAUGUUGUCUACUACCAUUACUAUAGGCAUAAUGUGGCAAAAGCUGGAAAAUUUAGGUGUGUAAUAUGUAUUUGGCCAUUAUUAUACCUUCACCAUCAUCUAUCUAUCCAUCCAUCUUCUACUCCCAAAACUAUCUGAACCCAUUUGUACCACACCCCAACAAAAUCAAACCCAGUUCUGAUUUUGCUCAGUUUUUGACCUGAAAGUUGGUUGCUUUUUAGUACUUUCUGCUGCAGGAACAAAAACCCAAAUGUACCAUCACUAAUACUACUAUAACCCACAUCAUCCAUCAAUUUCUUCUUCUUCGCCUUCCUUUAAAACAAUACAAAUCUCCCCUCAGAAAAAAAAUAUCAGACACAGCUCUGAUUUUUCUCAGUUUUGACCUGAAAGUUGAUUCCUUUUUAGUUCUUUCUACUGCAGAAACAAAAACCCAAAAAUACCAUUCCUAACUACUGCCACUCCUACUACUGUACCCGCAUUUCGUCAUUCAUCAAUCUAAUAUUCUUCUUUCUUAAAAACAAUCAAAACCCUUUUGUCCGAAACCGAAAACAAAACAAACCCAGUUUUGAAAUUGCUCAGAUACUGACCUGAAGGAGUGAAAGCUUAGAGCUUUUAAAAAUGUGUUAUGUAGGGAAAGCAACAAAGAUCUUUAUUUUCAUAGUAACAGUUGUUGUUGUGCUUGGUCUUACUUUAGGAUUUGGGUUACUUCGCCAUGGCAUUCAUAAAUCUCACAAUGCUCCUCAACAACAACAACAACCCAUUUCCUUUCCUAAUUCAAACCCAAAUUCUCCUAUUACUCAAUCACCCCCCAGUUCUAAUCAACCUAAUAUUCCUGAUUCUGGAUCCAAUUCCAAUCAACCACCUCAAUAUUUUAGCCCACCUACUUCAAAUUUAACUCCUCCUCCUUCUCCACCUGAUAGUGGUACUGUUAAUGCUUCUCCUCCGCCACCGCCAACUCCGGUGCUGUUGUCUCCUCCUCCUCCAAUUGCUCCGCUUAUAACUGGUGCACCACCGCCUUCUUAUGCUCCGCCUAGUAAUACUGUGUUGGUGACUCCUGGUCCUGUGCAUGCUUAGGCCAUUAGUUCAAGGUUUCUUUUUAAUUUUUUAAUUUUUUCUGGUCAGUACUUUUUCUAAAAAAAAUUUCUUUUAGGAUUAAAUUUUUUGAUGGGUUGUAUAUAGGUGGUCUUUGGGUUGGCUUUUUUUUUUUUUUUUAAUCUGUUUAGUCUUUUCGAUUGUAAUGGUGGAUUUUCACUUGUUACCAUUCUUGGAAUUAUUAGUUGAAUUUUUUACGUUCUUUGCUUCUUUUAUUCAGCUGAUUUGAGCAAAUGUGUAUGGCAUAUUUUCUUGUGAAUGGAUAAUUUAUUAAAAGUGUUCUGUUCUUUGUUUUGAUUCCUAUGGACAAUGUGAAUUACCACAUUAAAAUUUACACGGAAAUAAGGUUUGGCAUUGUGGUGAUUUUUUCUAUGAAUAUAGAUAGUACCUUUCAGCGUUAUAUCAGAUUCAUUCCUCUUCUGAUAUGUUAAUGGAUGAUAGUACUCUAAGAUGGGUGGAUGAUAUUUUUAAGAUCAAAGCCACAGCAGAGUUUUUGUGUGGACUUCUUUUAUUAUUUCCCUUAGUGGUGGUUAAGAUAUUAUCAUGAUAAAGGGUUGAAGUUGUUGCCAGUAAUGAUUUGAGUGGUUGAUGGAAUGCUAAAUAAGCAUUUUGCAUUGAUAUGGCCUUAGAUUUCAGAUUAUUGAAAUUGAUGGUCCUCAAUUUUUGUAAAGAUUCAAGAAAUUGCCAACUGGUAAUCAGAAGACAGGGUAAAAAGAGUGAAGCCAAGGCAAAAUUAUGCAUUUCUUUAGUUUCUUCUAUAUAAAUGUAGGUUGGCUUGCUGAGGGAUCAAGAUUGCAUCUUGAAGAUAUUCAGUACUAUAUGGGAUAUCUGCUUUUCGGAUGCUGGGAAUACUUUUAAGGUAAAUAUUUUGAACACUUUCUUGACACUAUUUUAAUUACUUGGAAUCACCUUUUUAUGCUAUCAAAGAUUAUUUGAUCCUAGAAAGGAAGCAUAGCAUUGGUAAGCUUCAUUGUAAUAAAAUCCAUUACUCAUAUUUGCAUUUUGGGAGCUUAUUAUGAGAAUCAUUUGUAACAAUUUUACCAAAAUUGGGGCUUAGUUCUAUAUUAAGGUUGCAGAUAAUUUGGAUAAGUUGGAAGUCAAUUUGAAGUUGCAUUUGCAGAUAGAUAAAUAUAUAGAACUCAUUGCUUUGAAACCUAGCAUAUUGAGUCCAUUUGUUUUGAUAAGCUUUGAAAGUUUUUAGGAAUCUUUUGCUUAUCAGUCCUCAAGCGCAUCAGUUCUCUGUUCCUCUGAUGAUAUUUUUCCUGGGGCAUAUCUACUAUUUCUGUGUUCUCCAUGUGCUGUGCUUCUGCAGAUUAUUUUGAAAUUUCUAAAGAAUAUUAUAUUGCUGCACAGUUGGUCAGAAUUCCUGCAUUGUUUCCCAUGUGAAAGUGAACUGCAUGGAUGGCUUAAGGUUGAGAAAUGGAUAUCAGUGAAUAAGGAACAUCUAUCAGACUAUGACUGGAACAAUCUCAGAGAUAGUUUUUUUGUUUAACUGAAAACGGCAACUUCAUUAACUCAAUAAAGAAAUUGCACCCUCAUAAACAUAUGGCCAUACGUUAGAUAGGACUUCCUCCAUAAGUAUUUGUUCAUGCACCAGAUUGUGAGCCACUAUAGCCAAGAAAUGAGCAGGUUUAUUCCCUAUUCUAUUAACGUAAGACUUUUAAAUUUAUCCAUCUAAAAUGAUAUUUUCUGGAGAGAAAUGGACCUCAUCAAAUGUUAGAACAGUGUUGAGAAUUUUCAAAUAUCAGCUAGUAGUUCAAAGAUGAAUUUGGCCCUCCAUUGUUAGAGCUUGUGAAUAGCGGCUACAGCAUCAUAUUUUCAACAAUAACUCGCCGAAUCUCACUGUCCCAAGCAAUAGAUAUGGCAUAUAACAGUGCCAUUAAUUCAGCCAUUUCCACAUCCCAAACCUCUUCAACUCUUUUGGCAGCAGAUGCAAUGGCACAACCAACUCCUAGUCCAGUCGCCCUUGUUGCAGGCAAAACAGAGGCAUCAGCACUAGUUUUAUAAACAUUGAUAGAUAGAGAGGACCACAGUUUAACACUUGAAGCUUUUAGCAAAGAUGUACGUGUAUGGAUAAUAGCAAAGUCAUCAAGUUGGGAGCAGGCAUAGCAUUAAUUUUUGAAAAAUGAAACUAUUCAAUUCCUGAAAAUCAUAUUGGCCAUAAUAGCAUCGCUAUAAGAUUAGUGUCAUCUCUAUUUAACAUAGAGAAAAUGAUCUUCAUCUAAUCCACUGUGUUCACGCGAUUGAAUAUAUUAACAAUCAUCAAUCAAUGUUAACAAAAUGUAUUGAUGGAGCAAUAAAUAAAAUUUUUACAGGAAGUACAUUUCACUCGGUGACAGUAAUCUCUUAUCGACAUCACAAAUAUUUUUUGACAAGUCUGAUUAUUUAAAUGUUAGAUUUAAUCUUUUUAUUCUUUUCAUCACUCCAAUAAAAAGAGAACUCAAUAUCAUACUACCACUCUUAUAAGAAAAGAACUUGUUACUCCAAUAAAAAUAAAAAAUAAAGAAAUUAUAUAACUCUCAAAAAACACACUAAUAUUUAUUUAUUAAAAUUAAAUAAUAACGAAAAAAACAUUGUCGUUAAUGUGGCCAAAAUAUAAAAUCUUAAUAAAAAAAAAAAAGGCGGCUGGAUUUUCUUUCCUUGUAAUCCAUCUAAAUAUAUAUUCUUUACCAAACGAAAAAAAGAAAAAAGAAAAAAAAGGCAAAUCAGUCUAGAACUGGAAGGGAAUCUGAACCAGACUCGCUUGUAGUUGCGGCCUAACUUGUAGUGCUGUGGAUUGACUGGACUAAAAACAAAAGGAAAAGCAAAUAGUUGACUGACUUAGCAACCACCAACCCAUUAUCACCUUCCUCCAACAAAAUGCAUUCUCCACAUCAAAAUCCAACGCCAAUUGAUGCCCUAUAUAACAAGACUUUUCUACUGCUAUACCCUUCAUAACACCAACUACUAUCUGGGUAUAGUUACAGCAAAAUAUUAGCCAUCAUGAAGAGUUUGAUGAUGAAGUUGCUACUGGUGGCGAUCUUUAUUAUUAUGGGAUUCAUCUCAUUUUUUCCUGAAGUUGAAGCUCAAAAGGGUCCAGUGCCACCGAGUGGUGCUUUCCCAUGUGUAGUUAUUCCUGGUAGAGGUAAUGUCUGCGGUGGCGGCCAUGUUUAAAGAGAAAUGAUGCAGUCAAGAGAACCCAGUACGUGUUAGGUAUUAAUGUAAUAUAUGCUGCGUGCAUACGGUUUUAUAAUUGAUAAAGUUUUGUGUUUGAAAAGUAUGAAAUAAAUCCAUAAGUUAAUUAAUUAGUGGAGCCAUCAAUCUGUCAGUAGGGAGGAGAAAAAAUGGAAGGUAAGGUUCUCAUGUCAUUACUUAUUAGCAGUAUAUAAAAGUUUUAAAAUUUGUAUA